UUUUAAUUUUUAAAGAAAAAGUCUCAGCACGUAUUGCUAUUUUUUGGGAUGUUCAUUGGUUUCCUCUUUGUUCAGCAACUCAUAAGUGUUAGAUUCGACCUUCUAGCCAGAGCACGUGCCACUCCACAUGCUCUUUCCUCUCAAGCCAAAAGUCAUGCAUGGAAAAAGAAUGAUGAGCUGUCACAGUCCCUGUAUUCCCGUGUGUGUGUGCUGUGUUGGAUCAUGACGAGCCCAGUGGGCCUGAGAAUCUGCUAAAAGCUCCAGCAUGUUCGUGCCACCUGGGCUAAACACUGUAACCUGGUGUCGUACAUGAGCUCGCAGAGCUCCAACUUCCCCACCGUGGGACUCAACGUCAGCGAGGGCCGAUCUCAGCUGUACUGGAAGACCAUCCGUGCCUCUCAGUACCUCCAUGCCCACCACCUCCAGGACGCCGACUGGUUCCUACGACAACCAUUCCAACUGGUUCCUACUGGUUCCGACGACACAUUUGUGGUGGUUGAAAACCUGAGAUACCUACUUUCCCAGCAUGACACAGAUGAGCCUGUUUAUUUCGGGCACGGGUUCCGGCCGCUUGUUCGUCAGGGUUACAUGAGCGGAGGAGCCGGAUACGUUCUGAGCCGAGAGGCUCUCAGGAGAUUUGUGCAAGGUUUUGACACGGGACGCUGUAAGCAUUUCAGCUCCGUGGAGGACAUGGCCUUGGGGAGGUGCAUGGAGACCAUGGGAGUGAAGGCCGGGGAUUCAAGAGAUCCAAACAAACGAGAAACAUUUAAUCCUUUUACACCGGUAAACCUUCUCAUUUCCCCAAAGAGUGGAAAACAGGCCUGGAGCUACAGUUACUACAAAACAAAACGGGGCCCCGACUGCUGUGUGGAUUUUGUGAUAUCGUUUUAUUAUGUGAAACCUGCAGACAUGUACACGCUGGAGAAUUUUGCACAUCACCUGCGACCAUUUGGAUACAAGUACAGAUUCAACACUAAUCCUGAAACAUAACAGCACCAGUCAGUUCAUACCACAAUACAAAUACAAUAGACGAAAAUAAAAAAACACAAAGAUGUUUAAUGUGACCAAAAAAUGAGAACAUUUGAUGGAAAAAGAUUACAGAUUGUUUUACUGUAUGAAUAUUCGUUCAUUGCCCAUAAA